GGAAAUUAUCUUCAAGGCCGUUUGUGGUUGGACGAAUAUGAUACAAUUAUUUUCAGAUGUUUCUUCAACGGCCUUGUUUGGCUUUCACCAAUACAUUGAGCAGUUAUAUAACUAUGACCAGAAGGCUGUGCUAGCAACAUUUAUCGCCUUACUUUUCUUCUUAGCUAACUUAGGCAUUUUUGACUUGAAUUUCGCCUUAUUUUUCUACACCCUUUUCAAAAAGCUACCGUUUGUGAAGUCGUUUGUUAAGAAUAAAGUGGACAAAGCUCUUGAUGAAAUCCAUGCAAGUUUACAUGGAAAGACAUCUGAUGUAGUAUAUGAAAAGAAUCUCCCAAUUUGUGGCCGCACUUCGGAAAGUGUGCUUUCAAGUGUCCGAAAGUACAAAGCACUAGAGUAUAUAAAGUGGAAUGAUGGCUUUGCAUCAGGGAGCGUUUAUCCCAGAGAUGAGAAUCUCAAUGAUUUGUGCGGAAAGGUCUUCAAAGAAUGUCUUUGGACAAACCCACUACAUCCAGACAUUUUUGUAGACAUCCGCCGAAUGGAAGCCGAAGUUGUACGAAUGUGUGUCACAAUGUUCCAUGGAGACGAAGAUGCAUGUGGCUCGACCACAUCCGGAGGAACUGAAAGCAUUAUGCUUGCUUGUCUAGCUUACCGUCAGCUGGCGAAGGAACGUGGCAUUAAACAUCCAAAUAUAGUGAUUCCCGUCUCAGCUCAUCCUGCAUUUGAUAAGGCUGCACAUUAUUUCUGUCUCGAGACUAUCCAUGUCCCAGUGGAUCCUAUAACAUACAAGGUGGAUAUGACUGAAAUGCGAGCAUCAAUCACCCCGGACACUUGUAUGCUUGUCGGUUCAGCACCAGGAUUUCCCCAUGGAAUUAUUGAUCCUAUUAAAGAAAUCGCUGAGCUAGGUCAAAGAUAUAAGAUUCCAGUUCAUGUUGAUUGCUGCUUAGGCGGUUUCCUGUUGCCGUUUAUGAAUAAAGUUAAUUAUCCAGUUGAAGAGUUCGACUUCCGACUGCCUGGAGUAACUAGCAUAUCGUGUGAUGCGCACAAGUUCGGUUUUGCACCAAAAGGCGCCUCUCUUAUCCUGUACAGAAAUGCAUAUUAUCGGUCAAAACAGUAUUUUGUACAGACAACUUGGUCAGGUGGGAUAUACGCCUCACCAACAUUUGCAGGUAGUCGACCUGGUGCUUUAAUAGCCACAUGUUGGGCUUCACUGAUGUAUCACGGCGAAAAUGGCUAUUGCGAAUCUACAAAGCGUAUAGUUAGUACUACCCGGUAUAUCGCGAAUGAAUUGCGCAAAAUUCCCGGCAUUUUCAUUUUCGGUGAACCGAAUGUGUGUGUUGUAGCCUUUGGUUCAAAUAUUUUCAAUAUCUAUACUCUAAGUCAAAUGAUGGCGAAUAAACCGAACGGUCGUGGAUGGAAUUUAAGCAUUCUUCAAUUCCCACCAGGUGUUCAUUUAUGCAUUACAGAUAUGCACACUAAGAAAGGCAUUGCUGAAAGAUUUAUUCAUGAUGUUGCAGAAAUCGCUGAAGAAUUGAUUAAAAAGCCAAAUGUUAAAGUGGGAGGUGUUGCUUCUCUUUAUGGAAUGUCUCAACUGAUACCGGAUCGUUCACUUGUUACUGAAUUAGCUCAUGGUUACUUAGAUGCAUUAUAUGAUACGCCGGAUAGUAAUAACAAUAAUGCCAAGUCAAAAAUGAACUUCCAUGCCAAAAAGUGAUCAAUCCCCAUGUGUACGGAUGGGGAAGGGGUGUGGGGACUGUUGUGCUCGUUCCGAUCUCUAUCAUCUUUGAUUAGUCUACUUUGCUUUGCUUUGCUUAUCACUGUUCACUUUUUUUUAUCUGGCUUAGUCUUUUAAUUUUAUGACUUUUUUUUUAAAAAAAAACCAAUAAUUAACACUAUCUACUUGUCUGCACAACUUGUACUUAUAGUGUGGGCAAUUGCUUAUUCUUUUGAUUUUCGGAUAUUUUUAUGGCUUUUUACCUUGUCAACUUGCCUUUCAACC